AGGCCAACCUCGGCAAGUUGGACGAGUACUUGACGUCCGUCUCGGCGAUCGAGGCAAAGCUGAACGACGGGCUCGGUCCGAUCCCGGUGCCGCUUACGCUCAAGGACUUUGUGGCGCCCAAGACGUGGGACCUGCCGCAGAACUGCGACCGCAGCUAA